AUGAGUACCCAGGACAAGCAGGAGCAGACUGCUGCAGGGGGCAGGAGGGUCAGUGGUCAGCAGAUGAAGCAACUUGCUGCUGGCAACUCCAGCAACAAAGGAGAGAGGAAGUUUGUGUGUCUGGAGUGUGGAAAAGAAUUCCCCUCAAGGGGAGGCCUCAGAUAUCACACCCUUACACACACUGGUGUAAAGAACUAUGAAUGUAAGGAAUGUGGGAAAAAAUUCAUCCAGAAGUGUACCCUUGAUACACACACCCUUACACACACUGGUGUGAAGAACUAUGAAUGUAAGGAAUGUGGGAAACAACUCAGCCGGAAGAGUCACCUUGAUAGACACACCCUUACACACACUGGUGUGAAGAACUAUGAAUGUAAGGAAUGUGGGAAAAAGUUCAUCCAGAAGAGUCACCUUGAUAGACACACCCUUACACACACUGGUGCGAAGAACUAUGAAUGCAAAGAAUGUGAGAAAAAGUUCAUCCGGAAGAGUCACCUUGAUGAACACACUCUUACACACACUGGUGUGAAGAACUAUGAAUGUAAGGAAUGUGGGAAAAAGUUCGUCCGGAAGAGUCACCUUGAUGAACACACCCUAACACACAAUGGUGUGAAGAACUAUGAAUGUAAAGAAUGUGAGAAAAAGUUCAUCCGGAAGAGUCACUUUGAUGAACACACCCUUACACACACUGGUGUGAAGAACUAUGAAUGUAAAGAAUGUGAGAAAAAGUUCAUCCGGAAGAGUCACCUUGAUACACACACCUUUACACACACUGGUGUAAAAAGUCAUGAGUGUGAAAAGUGUGGGAAGAGGUUCAGUGUGAAGCAGGCACUCAAUCGACACGUCUUCAGGCACUAUGGCCUUAGAGAGUUCGAGUGUGAUGUUUGUGGAAAGCUCUUUAAGACAAAGGCAGACAUUGCCAGGCACAUGAAGAUCCACUUCUGAAGUGUGUCUGCCUACAGUAGUUAUAGUGACCAGGGUGUUAGCAGCAGCUGAGCCUGAUAGGGAAAGGGAAGUGAAGGAGAGGUAAAAGUGAUCUUGUAAGACAAGGAAGAAAGAAGGCUUGCCUGUGAAGUGAUAAAAGGAGAGGAGCCACAGCAAGAAGAGGAAGGGAAAUACUGAUGGCUGACUUUCCACAGCUGUGGCAGCUGCACCUGGGCCUGGAGCCUGGUUGAGUCUCACAGCUACAGUGAAUUACUUACUCCUCUGUGAGAGCGUGUGAAGCAGUUUGCCAACCUGGUCCUGGUGUUAGUGAUUUUUAAGCGUUGUUUUUUUAAGGUGGCGAAUGUUAAGUGUUACUUUUAAUAUUAAGUUUAAGGCGCGAACUGUUAUCUCACGUCAGGUCCGGUGUACCGUUGCCUGCGUUCUCCAGUUGAUUGAAGUGGUUGAGACAACACAAUAGCCUUUUAGUUAAGUGAUGUGUGGCCGAGCGGUAGCCGUUAUAAGCUCACUUUAGUUCACUUUAGUUCUCUCUCUCAGGUUAAUACAAAUACCAAAUGUAUUUUAACUAUAUUAACAGUUGUACUACAUAAGGUUUACAGUUUACUUGAGCGAGACGCACGAAAUCAGUGACAGCCACACCAAGGUGCCUGGGGCCGGUGAGCACCACCCACCCGCCCGCUGCCCGCUGUCUUCUCUCGUCUUCUCCCCCGUCUUCGCGUUGUUCGCUCGUUUUAUUUGCUUGUUAGAUCGUCCGGAAGGGUGUGGGUUCCGGUUGAUGACUGUUGAUGAAAGUCAUCAUUUGCUGAUCCUAGUGUCAGUUCAUCACAGCUUCCCACGGCCAAAAGCACGACGUGUUGUUAAACAUCCUGUUGUGCGACACCGACCGGGUGUCGCCACACGUACAGUCAUACAUAUACAUGUACAUUAUAAUAUUGUUAUGCCGGACGUGUUACUUGGGUUCCGUGUCGCCGUCAGGAGACUCCGUGGGAGGGAGAUAUGUAAACACUUCGCACAGCUUCUGUAGUUUAAUAUUCUUCCUUAGUAGUACACUUCACUUUGACUCUUCACUUACCACUAGCUUACUAUGACUGGGACUGGGACUCUCUCACCCUCUUCUCCUAUAUAUAUCCAGAACAGUACAGUCUAGAAUGUUACAGUAUAUUUUAGAUCAUACAAGAACAUGUAGCAAAAAUAUAUGCGAGUUGGCAACACUUCCCGCCUGGCGCCUGGCCGCGCCCCGCGGGGCGCGGACGGCUCGCCUUGCUCUCCGCCCCCUUGCUCGUUUCUCCGGGAGCCUUCUAGAGGCCUAUGGUCGCCGGGGGAAGCUUCCAGCACAACAAUAUACACAUUACAUCGGUCCUCAUGAUGCUGUUCGCCAGGUACAAUCACUGGAUGGUGGGCGACAAGUUUGAGAGACUCGCCCCCUCACUGGUGUUCUUCAUGCUAACCUGCUGGCUCAUCGUUGAGUACCAAAUCCACCGGAAGGAGAAGAUAGACAAGGCGAUGGCAGCGGCCAAGAAGUCACCCGCCGCAGCCGCCGAAGUGAAGGACGGAGGAACAGCCGCCAACUCCAUCGCUGGCGGGUCCACAUCUACUCUUGUCUCCACCUCCUCCGUCUCAGUUGCCUCCGCCUCCUCCUCCUCCUCUCAACAUGGAUGGUCGAAGAAGGAUGUUUAGUGUGGAGGUGUUUGAUUGGGGUAUGUGGUUCAGUGUUUUUAUUUUCGUUUGAGUGUGUGUGUGUGUGUGUGUGUGUGUGUGUGUGUGUGUGUGUGUGUGUGCUACCCUUCCCUCCCUCCAUCGCCUCAAUGUUUGUCUCUAUGUGUUUGUAGGCGAUAAGAUGACCUUUCAACACACCUUCUUUCUUUUCUUUAUUCUUUCCCGUUUUACGACUUUAUUGUAAGUAUACAUAACCUUAAACUAACGAAAUACAAGUUACGUGAACCCUAUUCUCGAGAUGUGUUACUUCGAUCUCUGUACGUAUAGGCAAGAUUACUUCACUCACACUAACGAUAUACAAGUUACGUCAACCUUAACCUAAGAGAUGUUUGUAUAAGUAACCACAGUUCAUUGGUAUGUUUGUAUAAGAAACCUCAAUUCACUGGUAUGUUUGUAUAAGUAACCUCAAUUCACUGGUAUGUUUGUAUAAGUAACCUCAAUUCACUGGUAUGUUUGUAUAAGUAACCUCAAUUAAUUUCAUAUUUCAUAUGUUACUUUGGUCUGUAUGUAUAGGGAAGAUUACAUCAUUUAAACUAGCAAAAUAUAAGUUACGCCAACAUUACGUACAAGACGUUUGUAUAAGUAACUUCAAUUCACUCGUGUGUUGUAUGUUAAUUUGAUCUCUGUACGGCAAGGCAAGAUUACGGCAACCCGGCACUCACUGUUAUGCUCAUUUCUCGUCUAUAUGUAGAUGUAACAUUAUGAUCCAUGUUAUACCUAAAUUACUAUGUCAUCCCUAACAUUACGUAUAUGUCACUUUGGUUACUAAGUCUUGUUAACGUUACGUAUCCAUUAUAUUUAAGUUACUGUGUCAUCCCUGACAUUACGUAUGUCACUUUGGUUACUAAUUUUUUUUUAUGUCGUAGCUUAUUGUGCCGGUAGGCCUGUUCCCGGUGGGGCCUGAUUAUUUGUCCAGCCCAUUCUGGCGUAGGGGAGUGUUUAUAGUGACGCCAUCUUGUUUUGGCUCAUGCUGCCCCCCAGAACUCAUCUUUGAGCCUCUCUUUGGAGAAGUAAUCUAGAGUCCGGCUUGUUAUCAUUAUAUAUCCAUUUCAUUUAAGUUACUAUGUCAUCAGUGACAUUACAUAUUCAUUUACUUUGGUUACUGAGUCUUGUUAACAUUACGUAUCCAUUUAAUUGUUACUACGCCAUUUGUAACAUUACAUAUACAUAUCGCUGCGGUUACUAUAUAUCUCAUAACAUUACGAUCCCCGGCACUUUAGUUACGUAAGUAUUUUGUAACAUUCUGAUCCCUGCCACAUAAGUUACCAUGCCAUUUGUAACAUGAUGAAUUCUGACACUUAAGUUAUUGUUAGUUCAUCUGCAACAUUACGAUCCUCAUCACACGUAAGUUAUGUCCUCAGUAGUAUUAUGUAUCUGUGUCACUGCUGAGUUUCUGUCUUUUCCUGCAAUCAUUCAACAAUCUUUCUAAAAUCCCAAUCAUGCUUAAAAGUCACUACGCUGUCUGUAAUACUCGGUCCUCGUCACUUACGUCACCAUAUCUUCCGUAGCAUUAGUACAAUCCCUCUCACAGUUGGGUUACUAUGUCAUCUGUAGCAAUGUGUACUCCUGUCCCUUCGGUUGCUAAAUCUUUUGUAACAUUUAUUUAUCACUUCAAUGGUACCUCAUGAUUCGAAAGCCUUUCAAUUCAAACAAUUCCCAAUUCGAACACAUUUAUCAGACAAAUUUUGUCCUCCAAUUCGAAUGUGUGUCACAAUUCUAACACAAACAAACGGCUGCAGAUGAAGCCACCAGUGUAGCCAGGUCGGUGAAUGUGAUACUGCGGACUCCAGCCUCAAAAAACUCCAACCUGCGACUGCCAUUUUUUUCCCGCACACUCCCUUGAAAAAUAGCCCAAUUGCGUGGGAUAACAAUGUGUAUAACAGUAAUACUUACCACUACUUCUUGUAAAAUGACACCGGUCAGGAAGAAAAUUAAGUGACUUAAUGCCUGCACCUAAACAAACUAGUGGAUGGAUGUUCACCAAACUUGACAAUAUGCCCAAGACACAGCCUUUGUAGACAGGGAUCAUUGAGGUAAGACACAUAAAACUGUUUAACUUUGGUUGAUUGAUAAACACAAACAAUUUAUGGAUGAUACUGAAGAGAUAUUGAAAAGAUUGGUUAUUAUCCUAUAUUCACAAGUGCCUGUUUUUCCAUUUUGCACUUAUCUUUUAACAUUCUUACUUUACAUACAAGUUCAACAAACACUGAAGCACAUUCAUGUUUGAAAUUUCACUCUUCCUUAAGUUAUAAAAAUAAACUAGAAUAUUACAACAACUAGACUUAUGAUGAUGACUAAUAAUAAAGAAAUAUGAUGCAUGAACUAUAUACCCGUUACCCUCUGAAUGUUGACGUCUCCACCAUGUUUGUUGACAUCUCAAAGCAGUGCCGUCGAGUCUAUAAGACAAACCAAUUCUGGAAGUUCCCAGCAAAUAUUCAGUGUUUUAAUUGUUUUUAUUUGAGUGGUCUGGCCACAGGGCACAACAUAUACCCAUAAAUUUUUUAUUUUAAAUGUGAGGAUUUUGGGGCCUGGAACAGAUUAAUUUUUACAACAUUAAUUUCAUGGGAUAAAUUGCUUCCUAAUUCAAACAUUCUCAAUUCGAACAGCCCAAAUGAACCAAUUAAGUUCGAAUCACGAGGUACCACUGUAUUAACUGGCUCUGCCCUUUGUAACACAGAUCAGGUUACAUUAGUCAUUUGUUUUGUCACUUAUUCUGUCCAUCGAGAGAAGGUCAUGGAAGCUAGUCAUUUGUUACGUCUAUUUUUCUUUAGUUUGAGACAAGGUUAUAUUGACUUGCCUUUGUUACGUCACGCUUUUACAUUGGGACAAGGUUACGUUAGCGUCAUUUGUUUCGUUUUUCUUUACAUCGACCCAAGGUUACGUUUGCCAGUCAUUCAUUGCAUAUAUUUUUCUUUAGUUCAAGACGAGGUUACAUUAGCCAGUCAUUCAUUAUGUAAUUUUAUGAACAUGGUAUUAUUUAUCAAGUUACGUGGGUAGUUUUAGUUUCUACUUUCUUUGCAUCGAGACAAAACAAGAUUACGUCAGCUACCCCUUCGUUACAUCACAUGUACAUUGGCAUCGUUACGGCAGUUUUGAUUUCCCUGGUCGUUUAGGCUUGUCAUGCGUGUCUGUCUACAUACAUACGUACAUUCAUACAUGUCACGCGUAUUCGUUUCUGUAUUACAAGGAGAGUAAGACUUUACGUAUACUCGCUGUGUUCGACAUUAAGUGCUCGGUCGAUGCUCGCCUCGCUGCCGUGCUAGGGGCGAGGAGACACGACCCUCUUUGCUCUACGAUUAGGGACAGCAGGACGGAGAGGAAGUGUUGCUGUAGGACUUGUGUUACGGAAAGAAAGCAUUGCUGUAGGACUUGUGUUGCAGAGAAGAAGUAUUGCUGUAGGACUUGUGUUGCGGAGAGGAAGUAUUGCUGUAGAUCUUGUGUUACAAAAGAGAGUACUGUAUUACUGUAGGACUUGUGUUACGAAGGAGAAAGUGAAUUACCGUAGAACUUGUGUUACAGAGGAGAGGAAGUAUUGCUCUAGGACUUGUGUUAUGAAAGAUAUAGUUUGUAAUGACAAUAUAUUUGAAGUUCUUCCGACCCCAUAUGAUAACACUGUCUCAGGAUAAAUGGUUACGUAGAGUCGGUUAUGGUGAGGUUCUUUUCGGCUUCAUAUAUUACUUGUCGUCUCAAGGAAUUACGUAUAUCGUUUAGCCAUGUGCGCUGGGUUUUACAAGCGUGGUAGUAGUAUCAAGCUCUGUGGCUGGUGUGACUUUGCUUCUAAUUUUGAGAUGAAGUUGUUAGCUUGAAGUCCUGGAUUUUCAGAGUGAAGUCAACACAUUAACAAACUUUUGCCAUUUUCUUAUACCAGAUUAUUAAAACAUGCAUUAAUAUUCAUUAAGUUAUGUAGCAAGUUCCGCUUUAUAAUUUAGUUUUUGGGACGGAGUUAUUAGCUAGAAGUGUUGGGUUUCCAGAAAGUCGCCACAUUACAAACUCAGUCGUAACGUGUGAUAUACAAAAAUUGACACUGAGCACAUCUUGAAAAACUGGUGAGCAAAGACAAGCCACCCACAGUGUCUUGACGAAGGCUAAUACGGCAUUUGAUAGUCAGGCGCUAAUUUCUUUGUUCGCCCUAAAGAAAAACAAUCCAUUCCUCCGUUAGCAGCUCAGAAGUCAAGUAUUUGUUAAUUGUUAAGAGGAAUAAAAACACUUUGAAUUGUUUCCCUUCGUUUGUCUCUGUGAAGAAACAAAACUGUUUUCCGCCAGACAAAUGACAUAAUGUAAUCUUAAAAGGUAAGUAAGAGUGUUAUAAAAAUUCCAACAGUUUGUCAGAAA